UGCGGACCAAACGCUCUGGUGCAGGGGCCAGAGUCAGGGGGUCUUUGGGAGCGGACCGGAGGGCGCAGAGAGAGGCUGGGAUCUCCGCCAGCCGCCACCACCCGGCAUGUCGGCCGAGGCCUCGGGCCCGGCGGCGGCCGCGGACCAGUUUCCGGAAGCCCCAAAGCCUUCGGUACUGGAGCCUGGCUCCGCUGCCUACAGUCUCAGUCCGCUGACCUCGAACAGCAAGUACGUGAAGCUGAACGUGGGAGGCUCUCUGCACUACACCACUUUGCGCACCCUCACGGCACAGGACACCAUGCUUAAGGCCAUGUUUAGUGGUCGCGUGGAGGUGCUCACCGACGCGGGAGGUUGGGUGCUGAUUGACCGGAGUGGCCGCCACUUUGGUACAAUCCUCAACUACCUGCGGGACGGGUCUGUGCCACUGCCUGAGAGUACCAGAGAACUAGGGGAGCUGCUGGGCGAAGCACGCUACUACCUGGUACAGGGCCUGAUUGAGGACUGCCAGCUGGCCCUGCAGCAAAAAAGGGAGAACCUGUCCCCGCUGUGCCUCAUCCCCACGGUGACAUCUCCCCGGGAGGAGCAGCAGCUCCUGGCCAGCACCUCCAAGCCCGUGGUGAAGCUCCUGCACAACCGCAGUAACAACAAGUACUCCUACACCAGCACUUCAGAUGACAACCUACUUAAGAACAUCGAGCUGUUUGACAAACUGGCCCUGCGCUUCCACGGGCGGCUGCUCUUCCUCAAGGAUGUUUUGGGGGACGAAAUCUGCUGCUGGUCUUUCUACGGGCAGGGCCGCAAAAUCGCCGAGGUGUGCUGCACCUCCAUUGUCUAUGCCACGGAGAAGAAGCAGACCAAGGUGGAAUUUCCAGAAGCCCGGAUCUUUGAGGAGACCCUGAACAUCCUGAUCUACGAGACUCCUCGGGGCCCAGACCCAGCCCUCCUGGAGGCCAUAGGGGGUACAGCUGGAGGUGGCGGGGCAGGCCGAGGGGAGGACGAGGAGAACCGAGAGCACCGGGUCCGCAGAAUCCAUGUCCGACGCCACAUCACCCAUGAUGAGCGUCCUCACGGCCAGCAGAUUGUCUUCAAGGACUGACCUCUGACCCUUCCCCUGCUUUCCUGGCCCUGGGGCUCAGUCCCCCUUUCUUCUCCCUCUUGUUCCCAGACCUUUGCCCCGGCUCUGCUGGC